GGCGUCUCCCCGCGCCAUGUUGCUGCUGGGCAGGCUGCCGCGGCCGGCGUGGGUUCCGGGGAGCCGGGCGCAGAGGUGCAGCUCCUUGGCCGCCUUGGAGGGCCCGGCGCGCACGCGCUCCUACUGGCGGUACCUCAGGCGCCUUGUAUGUGGCGCGCCGCAGCCGCCAUACGCGCACGUGUGCCAGGUCGGGGACCCGGUGCUGCGCGUCGUGGCGGCCCCGGUGGAACCCGAGCAGCUAGCGGGGCCGGAGCUGCAGCGGCUGGUGGGGCGGAUGGUGCAGGUAAUGCGACGGCGUGGCUGUGUGGGCCUUAGUGCGCCGCAGCUCGGGGUGCCGCUGCAAGUGUUGGCGCUCGAGUUCCCGGACAAGCUCCUCCGAGCCUUCUCACCGCGCCUGCGCGAACUGCGUCAGAUGGAACCCUUCCCACUUCGGGUGCUGGUGAACCCCAGUCUGAGAGUGUUGGACAGCCGCUUGGUCACCUUCCCCGAGGGCUGCGAGAGUGUCGCCGGCUUUCUGGCGUGUGUGCCUCGCUUCCAAGCCGUGCAGAUCUCAGGACUGGACCCAAAAGGAGAGCCAGUGGUGUGGUCGGCAAGUGGUUGGACAGCUCGAAUCAUCCAGCAUGAGAUGGAUCACUUGCAGGGCUGCUUGUUCAUCGACAAAAUGGACAGUGGGACAUUUACCAAUCUCCACUGGAUGGAGGUGAAUGACUAACACUCUCCUUGAAUUGAGGAUCUGGAAAUCCAGCAUGCAGACUAAGAUGGUCACAUCUGUGCUUCAGCUUGGAAUUGGUUCCAGUCCGACAGUAGACAGUGUGUGCUGGUCUGAGAUGAAGAUGAUAGAAAUGCUUGCCCUGAAAUCAGAUCUGACAGAAUACGAUUACAGCAGGACUACAAAUGUACCAUUAAAGGAGUGGCUAUUUCCUGACAAUUUCCCAUGGAGAGGAGUGGGCAGGCAAACAUCCUCUGUACAAAUGAGACACAUUCUAACCCCACAGCCUACAAUUGAUUGAUAAGGUAAUCCAGAUAUCCAAAAGAUUUGUUUUUUGAAACAGGGUUUCUCUGUGUAGCCUUGGCUGUCGUGGAACUCACUCUGUAGACAAGCUGGCCUCAAACUUAAGAGAUAUACCUGCCUCUGUACUCCUGAGCUUUGGGACUGAAGGUGUAUCACACUACUGCUGGACUUGAAAGUUGUCUUAAAAUGCAGUCUUAAAAGUCUGAGUGUGGUGGCACACCUUUAAUUCCAGCACUCUGUUGGCAAUCGUAGGCUAAUGUUUAAGGCCAUCAAAGGAACAUAGUAAGAUUCUCUUAAAAGAAAAAAAAAGCUCAAGUCUGGGGUGAUAGCUAGGCAGUUAGGUUAAAGAGUGCUUGCUUUUUUUGCACAACACUAGAGUUCAGUUCUGAGCAUUUACAUCAAUCAACUCACUACAUCUAUACCUCCAGCUCCAGGGAAUUAAGUGCCGCCUCCUGGCCUCUGCAGGUAUUGUUUUGUGUAUAAACUUACACAGAAACAUAAUUGAAAUAAAAUCUAAAGAACAAA